UUGAGUGCUUCUGCAGGGGAAGGCUGAGAAAUUGUACCUUUGUUUCUCCCCUUCUGUAAUCUUGCAAAAGCCACUUACCCAUGUGGUGAGUGGUCUGUGCGUACGGGGACAGAGUCGAUGGAGUCUGCGUGUGUUUGCUUGUGUGUGAGAAGCACAGAGAGAAAGCAAGAGAACGAAAACAGAAGGGGGGAAUCUGCAAAGUCAUGUUCAUAUUUCUAUCCAAAGCCCAAGAAGAGAAAUGGGGUGAACUUCUUCAUGGCCCUUGUCAUCGCCUACUUGAUUCUGCUCACGGUGGCCGCUGGGAUGCUGGUGAUGAAAGUUAUGAAUCUGCAGGAGCAGCUCUCAGACCUGGAGUCUGACUUUCCCAAUGGAACGCUGGACGCCGAGGCCCUCUUGCCCCUGCCCAAGGAGAGUCCGUAUGCGUCCUUGCUGCAGUUGACUGGCCCCCACAAACGGGCCCUCCUGGCCUCUGGGCUGCAAGUGUUGCAAGUCCAGCUCCUCCAGGUGAAAAGUCGGCAGGAUCUGCUGCUGCGGCAGGUGGAUAAUAUCACCCAGAACCCAGAGAUGUUCCGGGUCAAAGGUGAACGAGGCGCGCCAGGUCCCCCCGGACUCCAGGGCCCUCGAGGACUCAAGGGAGAAACUGGAAGCAAAGGGGACAUGGGCCAGAAAGGAGACUUGGGGGCCAUGGGACCUCCCGGAGCCCAGGGGAGUAAAGGUGACUUAGGAAGGCAGGGCUUGCCAGGUGCCCCUGGAAUUAAGGGACUCAAAGGAGAUCAAGGGGAACCCGGACUCAGGGGUCCUCCAGGUUCUCAAGGAGCAGUGGGAUCUCCAGGCCCCAUGGGGGUCCCUGGCAGCACUGGCCCUAAGGGGCUGACAGGACCUCCAGGGAUUCCUGGGCGUCCGGGAGCAGCAGGCCUGAAAGGAAGCAAGGGAGAUCCAGGAUUUCAAGGACAGAAAGGAACAAAAGGAGAAGCCGGAGUUCCAGGCUCCUCCGGCGCAAAGGGAGAGAAGGGAACCCCUGGGCCCGCAGGUCCCAAGGGUGCUUCUGGACCAGCAGGCCAAAAGGGAGAGCAAGGGAUGAAAGGAGAACCUGGAGAAAAAGGUCAACGAGCCACUUCAUCAUUUGUCAGAAUUGUUGGCACGAACACCCGGGGCAGAGCUGAGGUCUUUUAUAAUAACGUUUGGGGGACCAUUUGUGACGAUGACUGGGACAACGAUGAUGCCACUGUCUUCUGCCGCAUGCUGGGUUACACCUCAGGAAGGGCCAUUGUCAAUUUCGGAGGUGGCAGUGGACAGAUCUGGCUGGAUAAUGUCGCCUGCAGAGGGUCCGAGGCCAGCUUGUGGGACUGCAGGAAGAAUAACUGGGGCUCUCACAACUGCCAGCACAGCGAGGACGCCGGUGUGAGCUGCAGCUGACCCUCGGCAGCCUUCCAGGAUCUGUGAAAGUGGACACUCAGCUUGCCCUGGGGAAGCCAGUGCUGAGUGAGGUGCCGGGCCUUGGGGCGGGGGUCACUAAUAAAGCUCUACGCAUGGCACAGCCACACC